AUGCCAGUAGACAAGCCACUUCAACGGAACGACUCCCUCGCAGCAAGAUACAGCAGCCCCACCAUGUCCGCCUUUUCUGCCACCCAACUCGUGCCCGAAUCCUUCCGAGUCCUCGACAUGGCUGACGGCAACGAUCCAACAGAAGGAAUGUCUUCGAACGUCUCUGCAAACAUCCCUUCAAUAUUCGACCAGGCGGAUGGCCAGGAAGAUGGCGAGGCACCACAGUCGGCCGCAUCUUCCCCAGGCGCUCAGAGUAGUGGCUACGAUUUAAUGCCGCCACCUCCAAAUCUAUCAUCCGCCAAUGCUGAGCAUCUGGCGGAUAGGCUUCUCUCCGCUGACCACCUCAAUCUGAUCCUGCGCCACCAACCAGCCUUUUCUAAAUUCACCAAGUUCCUCAAUCAAUACCGCCCUCGAUCCGCUCCGACGUUGGUCCGCUAUCUGGAGACGCGAAAAGCAAAGGCGGCUAUUGAGUAUGCAAAUUCCAUUGCAUUGGAGAUGACAGCACCAGAAAAGCGAUCGUCGGCGACGGCCUUGGCUGCUCAUGUGAGCAGCAGAUUCGAAGCACGUUCGCAGCGGGCACUUGAGGAGCUGAUCAAUGAUGCCUUGCCCGCAUACAUCACCCAUGGCCUCACACAACUUGUCACGGAACUUCUGGUGAAGGAUAUCACUGGAACCAGCCCACCGAUGAAUAAACAUUUAGCUGAGGGACUUGCCGAAGUCUAUUGUUUGGGAGACCCUUCUCUACCGGAUAGCCCUGUCAUCUACGCUUCAGAGGAAUUCCACUUGGUUACACAGUACGGACGAGACUAUGUAAUUGGAAGAAACUGCCGAUUUCUUCAAGGACCGAAGACCCAAGCUUCAACCGCAGAGCGCAUGGCCGAGGCAAUGAGAUGUGGCCAUGAGACUUGCGAAACUGUGUUGAACUACCGCCGUGAUGGAACGCCAUUUCUCAAUUUAUGUAUGAUUGCCCCCCUGUACGACAACAUGGGCAAGCUUCGAUAUUUCAUCGGCUGCCAAAUUGACGUCACGAACUUGGUUGAGGGUGGGAGGGGCCUUGAGUCAUUUCAACUCUUGCUUGACCAGGAUGCGGACCCGCAUAGGCAAAAUGAGAGUUCGCAAAGAGGGUCCCUCAAGGCACUUGGUGACCUCGGCGAGCUACUAAGUACGGAAGAGGCAGACGUCCUCAAGCUCAAGGGCCGGAACCCCGCAAUGUCGUCUCGCGCAAGCACACCAGGACCACCGCCUCUUCAAUCUACUUCGAACCGGAGAUACGUGGGUAUAGAGGACCCAACGGCCAUCAACAUCUGGCCACCGACGCAAUUCGGCCAUCAUGGGAGACUUCCAGGCGUUUACCAGAACUUCAUGCUCGUCCGCCCCUGGCCAUCCCUCCGCAUCCUCUUCACCUCGGCCGCCCUCCGCAUCCCCGGGCUCGCGCAGUCCCGCCUCCUCGACCGCAUCGGCGGCCCGCACUCGGUCCGCGAAGGCAUCGCAGCCGCCUUCGCCGAAGGCGCACGCGUCACAGCCAAGGUGUCCUGGCUAACCGGCAACCUCAACAACAGAAACGGCGGCAGCGACUCGCCGCCCUACCGCAACACGACCAACGGACACAUGCGCAACAACAGCAUCGAAGGCAAGCCGCGCUACAUCCACUGCACGCCUCUGCACGGGUCGGACGGCGCGCCAGGCGUGUGGAUGGUGGUCAUGGUCGAGAAGGAGGACAUCACGGGUACGAUCAACGCGCCCUACGGCACCAACCACCGGCGCCGCUCGAGCUUCGGGAUCCUGAACGGGACGUACGCGCAGGAGAAGCUGCUCGAUCAAUCGCUGCAGGUGCAGCAGCCCCACCAGUAUCGCAUGCGGGAACCCGAGGGGCGCUAUGUGGACGGCGGCACGCUGCGCGACAGCACCGGCGGAGGCGGCGGCGGCGGCGGCGGCGGCGGCGGCGGCGGUCCCGGGAGCAGUUCGCGUCGGAGCCGCGCGCACAGCACGUUUUACGACGACGACGACGGCGGCGGGAGGUCGGCGCACGUGCAUCCGGGGAGCGCGUAUGCCGAGUAUCUCGCCAGCAGCGCGGCGACGACCACGGGCGGCGGCGGUGCCGUGCGCAGCGGGAGCGUCUCGCGGGGCGCGUCGAGGCCGUCGAGCAGGGCGGCGACGGCGCCCGGCGGGUGGCCCGUAGUACCGCAGAGGCCGGAGCCGACGCCGCGGAAGAUGACGCCGAGGGAGGAGACGGCGAGGAUGGUGCGGUUGCCGCAUUUGCCGCCCGAGAGGGUGGGGGAGGUGGAUGGGGAGUGA